GUCGUCCCAGUGUUGUGUUCGUAGUUAUAAAGGUUAGCCAAGUACAGAGAUGAAACAGACUCUAUAAAGUGUUCACAGCAGUCAAGGUUUCGUUUAUAAACAAAGAGCGGACAAUUACAAACAAGGUGACAGCUACGAACACAUCAAUAAAAAAAAAAUGUGGGAGAGAGAAUAAGAGAGAUCAAAAUAAAGGACAUGUUAUUAAUCCUCCAAUACCACAUAUGCUCAAUUAUAUUUCGGAGAUGCUUUUUGUUGUGAAGGCGUUUGAAUGUCUAAUUACAAUCCACAACCAUUUGCUCCUCUGACUGACUCCGUGAAACUUGAAACUGUCCCUGAGGCACUGACAAGGUAAACAAGGCCGUGGCGAGGGAGGCAUUUUGUGUAAUGAGUCAAGUCUGUUUGAUUUCCGUAUUACGUCAAAUUAUCUUCCCAAAUAAGCAAAACGGAGAGGAUUAACAUUCUCUCUUCAUUACCUGUGACCCGUCCGAGGCUAAGAGCUGUGCAAGGUGUUGUGUUUUGCCCUCGCACACCCAGCCACUUCACAUCAAAUUAAUUUCGUUGUUUAGGUUAGAUUAGGUGGUGGAGCAGGGCGUAGAAUGAACACCUACAAGUAACAAGUGACAAGUUUACACGCCAGACUGUCUUCCCAAAUUAGCUCAGGAAAUUACUAAAACAUCUUCUAACUAGUUCUGUCUUGUUAUGGUUUAGGUCUCAAGACACUUCUCAAAUUCCAGAUAACCCUUCUUUUGACUGUACUCUAUAGUGGAUGGCAUCUUUAAUGUUUUUUUUUUUUUUUUUUCUUUAUGCCUUAGGCCAGUGUUCCCCUUCUGUAGGGAAAAAAAUAAAAAAAUAAAUAACUGGUUUCAGUCAUCAGGUUACAGAGGAUGAAACAUGAAUCAGCCUUUGUGAUAAUUCCCGCAAGUGUGCCUCUCAGGUGAGUCUGGCAGGUGAGGUGAGCUGUGCAUCAUCUGACAGUGUAGACUGGCACAGACUGGCUGGUUGGGUCCCCGUACACACACACACACACACACAUACACACCCACACACAGUUUUAUGUAUGAUUCUACUACCCCCAGUCCACGUCCAGGAAUGUGUGCGUUCCUCCAGGGUGGCACAGUGCCUGGGGGAUCCGCGGGGCACUGCGAGGCGAGCAACAGGGGAUAAAAUGGCUCAAAAUCACCACAAAAUAGCAGUGUUCGCAACGCCCUAAGCUGAUGACUUUGACCCCUUCGCCCUGCCUCCAAUACCCCUCAGCUCACGCCCCACGUCCUUACAUUACCCUCUGAGAACGGCGGCGGCGGUCACAAGAAGAGGAAGAACGAACACACCUGCGCCUCCCUCUCCUCACUUCACCUGGCUUCAACAACACCUCACCACCACCUCAGCAUCCCACAGACAUCUCCUCCUGACCUGCAACAGCAACAAGGACUCCUGAAGUAGCGUCCUUGCAACACAGGCCAAUAGACUGCAACAUUAAUUUUCAAGAACACCGUGUUACUUGGAGAGGAUAUAUUUCCUGGAGGCCUGGCAGGAGGAGGUGAGAAGGUCGUUGCGGCAGCGGUGGCAGCAGCAUCUGGGCGAGAGGAGGGGGAGGAGGAGGAGGAGGAAGAGGAAGGUCACCAUGAAAACUCCUCCCAACAAACAGAAUCUCCUUCCAACAUGAUGUGGUAUGCACGGCUGCUGUGUCACCACCCUUAUGCUGUACUGAGCAGUGUGGUGGUGGUGGUGGUGACCUGCCUGGUGCUCUCCCUCACAGCCCGGCCUCUGCCCUCCUUCACUGACCCCUCCCUGGGCUUUGUGACACGAGGGACAACUGUGAGUCGCCGUGCUGUGGCAUGGGAGAACCUGCUGGAUGCUUCACGAUUCCAGGGUCCCCUCAGUGUGAACCCUUCAGAUGGUCCCCGGUCAAACCCUCAUCCAAGGGAACCCGAGAAGGAUGACGGCCCACCACCAGUCCAUCGGCACAAGGUGUGCAUUGAGGUGACCCCCAAUGGCUCAGCUGUGGUGCCAAACUGUGCCGAGGACAACAUGAGAAACAAUAGCUGGAAUUCAAGCUCCCUGGAUGAUGAGACCCAGAAAACAGCCAUCUCUGACCUCACCAUCAUGGUCAACAAUGCUGCCAGGAGGGAGGAUGAGGCCUGGGCCGGGGAGGAGAGCCGGACAGAGUACCAAUUGCAGACUGAGUGGGAGGAAGAUAAUCAUCCCAAUCAUUCACACUUAAGAGAUGACGACUUUUUCUGUGCCCCUGUUGUGCCAGAGUAUGGAAGGGUCAUCCUGAAGAGCACAGUGCCAAGAACCACCCUUCUCACUCUACACCAUCUACGAGCCAUCUGUCAGCUGGAUGAGCGCCUGCGUUCCCUCUCUGAGUUUCAACCAAUUUGUGAAACAUGGAGUCCUGGCCGGUGCUGUCCCUCUUGGUCAUUGCCCAACUAUGUGGCACUUCUCUCCAACCGCUCCUCCUGUCACCAAAUUGUGCAAGAGGAUGUGGAUAAGGUGCAUCAUCUUCUGCGUUGGUGCUCUCGUCAUCUGGAUCUGCAGCUAGAGAGGGGCUGUCGAGGGCCAAAUGGGUGUAGCCAAGUGCCCAAGGAGUGCCUGAUGCAUGAUGCCGUGUACACCAUCCUCCACUACCUGAUUGAUGCAGCUUUCCUUAAUCCAGAGGUGCCCGACCCUGAUCACCCAGAACCCUUCAGGCUGUCAGAACCUCACCACAAACACCAGAAGCAGAAGUUGGAGGAGAGACUGAGCUUCACUGCACUGUUUUUGCCCAUCGCGCGAGGUUCUCAGGCUCUUCCUUACUUUGAGGCUUUGCAGCAGUUGGACCUCACCCUCGAUAAUGUGACUGUGACAGCUGUGGACCUUGGUCUGAAGUACGCUCUCUUUGACAAACUGUUGCUGGCAAACUCCUACCUGCUGGGUGUUGGUGGUGGAGUGGUGUUGUUCCUCAUGUGGUGCUACACUGGCUCCCUCUUCAUCACCCUCAUCACUAUCACCACUGUCGCCUGUGCCCUCAUCAUUGCUUACUUCAUGUAUAUCUUCAUCUACGAGAUUGCCGUCUUCCCCUACAUGAAUGUGCUCACAACGGUCAUCGCUGUCGGCAUAGGUGCGGAUGACACCUUUGUGUACUGCCGAGUGUGGACACUGGCCAAGCAGGACAAGAACACAGGCACAAUGGUCAAGCUUGUGGCUGACACCUUCCACCAUGCUGCUGCCUCCAUUGCCGUCACCUCCCUCACUACUGCUGCUGCCUUUCUUGCUUCCUGUGUCUCCCACAUCACUGCUAUCCGCUGCUUCAGCAUCUUUGCGGGGACAGUGGUGUUGGCCAACUUGCUGCUGAUGCUGACCUGGGUACCAGCCUGUGUGGUGGUGGCUGAGCGCUGGGGGGCUUCCACCUGCUGCCUGUGUGUGCCCCCUGCUCCUGUUUACGCCCCACAGCUGCCGCCCCGCUGCUCUGUGUUGUGCUCACUUCCCCUCAGGCUUUGCUAUUUCUUUGCUGAGUCUGCUCGUGUGUUCUUUGAGAAGGUGUUGCCUUGGGUGGUGAUCAAGCUGAGAUACCUAUGGGUGGUAAUACUAGGCAGCUUGGCAGUGUGCAGUGCUCUUGUUGUCUUCUAUUACCCCGGCCUGCAGCUCCCAGACUCGCAGGAGUUCCAGCUUUUCUCUCGCGAUCAUGUAUUUGAGCAAUAUGACCUAAAAUACAAGUACAAAUUCUGGUUUGAACGCAACCUUCGGAAAGAUGUGGUCAACCGCCUGCCAGUGAGAGUGGUGUGGGGCAUCCAGCCGGUGGACAACGGAGACCACCUCAACCCUGCCUCCAAAGGUUCCCUGGUGUUUGAUGAGGAGUUUGAUAUGGCCCACCCAGAGUCUCAGGAGUGGCUGCAUGGCUUCUGCCGGGAGCUGCGUAACCAGAGUUUCUAUUUGCCCACCCUGGGACCCCUCCUGCCCCACUGCUUCAUUGACACCUUCAAGCUGUGGAUGGAAGGACGAAAGUGUCAAGACCCCAUCAAUGGGGUGAACCGCUAUCCAUGCUGCAAGGACUCGGCCUUCCCUUACUCCCGGUACGUGUUUGACAAGUGCAUCCACAAGGGCAUCAAGGCUCUUUACCAGACCCCACGGGAGUAUUUCAUUCCUGGUGUAGCCGGGCCAAAGUUCAGCCGGGACACGGGCAAGGUGGUGGCAGUGGUGGUGGAGUAUGAUAGUAACAUUCUGUGGUCUCUCUCCUACACUGCCAUGCAGGAGUUCUUUCAAAAGGUUGACUCUUGGGUGCAGGCCCAGAUGAAGGAGGCACCAUAUGGAAUGCGAGGCGGCUGGUUCACCUCCUAUCUGGAGUUCUAUGAUGUGCAGCACUCCUUGUCUGUGGGGACAGGUGUGGCAGUGGCUGUGGCAGUAGGGGUGAGCCUGGCUGUGCUGGUGUUCACCACUCUCAAUGUGGUGGUGAGUCUGCUGGCAGUGGUGAGUGUGGGCGCCAUCAUCUUAGUAACUCUGGCAUCCCUGGUGCUGCUGGGCUGGCGGCUCAAUGUGCUGGAGAGCGUGACAGUUAGUGUGGCCAUUGGCCUGGCUGUAGACCUCACCCUGCACUAUGGUGUAGCCUACAGACUCUCCCCUGAGGCUGAGCGUGAGGCAGCUGUCACGUGGGCCAUCAGUCGCCUGGGUAGUCCAGUGUUCAUGGCUGCUGCCACCUCCCUGGCUGCCGGAGUGGCCAUGCUGCCAGCCAGUGUGCUGGCCUAUGUACACAUCGGGACCUUCUUGACAGUGAUCACCUCCGUCUCUUAUGUGUAUGCCACGCUCUUCUACCUCCCUCUGCUGCGCAUCUUUGGGCCAGAGUCUGGCUGUGGCCAGCUUUCUUGCCCCAAGCUGUGCUUAUGCUCUUGUUGUACCCCGAGCAAUCAGCAACAUGUGGACAAGACAGUGUACCAACAAGCCUACAUGAGUGAAUCCACGCUGUCCACUUCCAGCACAUCCUGCCCACCACCCCAGACUCACCCGUCCUCGGACACCCACGAGCUGGAGCCACUGACGGCCAUGAGGCUCGCUGGUCGAGCCCGGAUGGUGCACACGCCUGCCCGGCACAAGGUGGGGCUGGCUGAGCCAGCUGCCCCGUCUGAAGCUGUUGCCAAUCACACCACACCCCACCCUGAGGUUGGAGCGUCCUCUGAGAUUGGACGCGCUGCCCGGUCUGGGUCUUUAUCUUCCUCUGUCAGUGGUCGAGACCAUUCGACCUUCAUCCCCCGCAAGGUGUCCCUGCCCUCACCUGGAGGAGCAGUGAGUGAGGGAGGAGAACCCUCCCCCAGGCACAGUGUGGCUCCAGCCUCCUCAGCCACCACCAUCCUUUACUCUGAGCCAGAUACUGACUAUGGCCAACAGAACCACCACCCUCAGGAUGGUAGUGUGGCUCUGGGGCCAGCCAUGCUGGAGGCUGGGGCUGUGGUGGCAUGAGAGGGCUGGGGAAGGUGGUGCUAGGUUGAGGCUGUCAUUGUGAUAACAUGUUGCUCAUUUCUCUUGUGUUGUGGUAUGGUGGUGUGUUGGCAAGGAAAGCUCUGCCUUGAGGGGGCAGUUGUACCAGCCAUGGUGCGGCUGGUGAUACAAGUGUGUUGUUGCUGCACCAGGCAGGUAUGUAACACUUGGUAUCAUAUAUACAUAGAUAUAGAGGUAUUAUAUACACAUGUUUGAUGUUGUUGUAGAAUGUGUGUGUGUGUGUGUGUGUAUAUAUGCAAAUGUGUGUAUGUAUGUGUGUGUUUGUGUGUGUGUGUGUGUGUGUGUGUGUGUGUUAAGGCUUAUGAAUGAAGAACAAAAAUAUUUAGUUUUGUGAAUUGUUAAAAAUAUUGAAUUUCAUUAGUGAUGAAGAAGGCUUUUAUAUCAUCAUAUAAAACAAUCAGUUGUUAUAACUUUUAUGAAAAAAGCAGCAUUCUGUAUUUGUAGAUACCAGUGCAGUCCUAUAAUUUUUAAAACCAGCACUUACGAUAUUAGAAUUAAGUUUGAUAACAAUAUUUUUAAGAGUUUAUUUAUUAAUUUAUUCAUAUAUUUCACUGAGUGGUUGGCAUCAGUUUUCCUAGCAGGACAUUUGCCUCCAAGGUUAGCUGAGCACAUUUGUAGAGCCACUUGUCAAGCCAGUAAUUGUGUCCUGUCUCAGUAGCUCACUUAUCUGCCUGCCUUGUGCACUGCUUCAUUGGAACCUUGGCGUUUCCCUGGCCCCUCGCAGCCAGAUGGAAGUAGUGUUGACGCAACGCAUAACGACCAAGUUUUAAAGUGACUUAUUGUGUACCUGUGUUGUUGUUACUGUUUUGGUGUGCUGAAGUGAGUUGACAAUGUGUUGUUUAGAGUGACAGCUUUUUUUAAAUGUGGUGAUGUUGCAUAGUGCAUUUUUUUACAGAAUAGUAACUCCUUGAUCA